UUUCUCUCUUUUACUUUAUGGUAAUAACACCACUCUCUCUCCGUCUCUCUUAAUUUUUUAUACUACUAUUGAGAAUUGUGUUUACCAAAUGGUGUCUGAAAGAAUACCAGAAAAACACAGCCACACAUUAACAGUGUUUCACUGACACUCCAAUAGUGCAGAAUUCUUUAUAUCACUGCGUUUAAUUUCUACAAAAUAAAAAACUUAGUUGAUCUUUUUGUCUAAUUCUUGAAAAGAAAAAAAAAUCCUGACCACAGAUUCCCAAUCCUGUUCUUUUCUACUCUCUUCUUCAUAUCUCUAUAAAUAGUAAUAUCUCAUCCAAUUUCUAUCCCUUUUCGCUCACUUUUUUAGCCAAGAAGACCAAAGAAAAAAGAAAAAAAAAAGUGGGUUUUGUGAGAUUUAUGUCGGCAAGGUCUUGUUUGGCUGUGAUCAAAUUUGGGGCUUCACUGAAACUCUUGUUUUCACUCUUCUUUGCUCUCUGCUUGCAAUUUUCCUCAAUUUUUUCGAUGGGUUUGAGGCCCAAAAGGAAUUGUUCUGGAGCAGUAUUUUUCGAGGGAUUUCACAUAAAGCAGCAAUUUUUACAUCUUAUUUUGCUUUUGAGACCGCCACUACAUACUUGAUACAAAGAGUAAUCUUUAAACAUUUACUUCUAAUUUUGUGCAUUACAAUCUUUUUCCUUCUAAUUUCCUUUUUAAAAAACAAUUUUUUUGCAUAUAUUGAGGUGUUUUGAGGUGAGAUAAGUCGGGAUGAAUAAGCCUGUGAGGCAAACAUCAUUAAAACUUGAAAAUUUAGGCAAAAACAUGAAGAAAAAAGCUGAUUUAGACAUACCAGUGAGGAAAAUUAGGAUUGUUUGUUAUGAUCCUGAUGCUACUGAUACCUCGGACGAUGAGGGGAUCGAUGAUCCUAAGUCCAAGCGUUUCGUUCGAGAGAUUAAGUUGCAAAUUGGCAACUCUUUUAGUCCUCGUAAAAUGUCUCAAACUGAAUGUUCCUUUCAAGAUAGCAACAACAAUGCAGAGAAAAAACCAAAGAAAGAGGUUAAGGUUUUAGCUAAACCCUUGAUUCGAUCAAGGCCACGAGGUUUAUCGAAAUACAAAGGUGUUCGUCAACGAAAAUGGGGAAAAUGGGCUGCUGAAAUUCGCGAUCCUUUUAAAGGGAGACGGGUCUGGCUGGGUACUUAUAAUACUGCUGUGGAGGCUUCUCGAGCUUACGAAUUGAAACGCCUUGAAUUCGAUACUAUGGCGAAGAAUAAUAGCACAAAUGUGUCUGAGGAGGAGAGUUCUGAUGAUGGAAGUAGUAAUAAUAUCAACCAUUCUGGUUCAAUUGUCUCUGAUCACCAAAAUCAAAGCCAAAAUGUUGCUGGUGUCUCAGAAGACUAUGCACAAAGCUCGGUGUCUUCAAUUCUUAAUGGCCAAAAAGAUAAUGAAAAGGCGAGUGAUGUUGCUUUGGAGGCUAAUGUUGAAGUGCCUGAGUUGGCAUUAACGGAGGAAACACUAUCUUUGGAUCAAAUUGGUGAAAGUAUGGAUAUGGAUCUGGAUUUGGAGCUUGGGUCAUUCCUCAAUAUUGGUGCUGAUGAUUUCAAUCAGCAUUUGGAUGACUUUGUUGUCAACGAUUUUGAGGACCCUCCGUUUUGUUUGAUCGAGGGUGAUGAGGAGCAGUUGCCUAAUGGUUUGCUUGAUUUUGACGUCUUCGAUUUCGAUGGCUAUAAUGAAUCCUUUGCUUGGAUGGAUGAUGUUCCGGGUAUGAAUGGAACAACAGCCCUCAAGAUAGCAUGCCCAUAAUUUUGCAGGUAGAUGAUGAGUUAUGUUUUGAUAGUAUUAGUAUUACAUAUAUUGACACAUAUAUUAAGUGUCAAUAGAGUUGUCUUGUCUCAAGAAUCAGCUAACUAGAUGCUUGAGACCGUGAUUUUCUUUGAGGUUCUAUUUAUUUGUUUGUUUAAGAGAAAUUUUUGAGUCCGGGGAUGGUUGUCCUCAAAGAAAUUUUGGUCCCUUUGGGUUUUCCCGUGUUUUUUGAGCUGUCCAAAGGGCUUCAAUCUCAAUGUGCUUAGUCUUCGAGAGUUUGUUGCCGAAGAAAGCGCUUGAAAACUAGCGUGAUUUUAGUAUUUUAUUCGCUAUUAUCCAUCGUUUUUCGAACUAUGGUAUCAAUGGAGUAUGUUACAUAUGAAAUCUCUCAAAGAGCUUCUUAAGGAAA